CUGAGGCAAUUUUAGUCAAAUUUUAUUUACUUAUCCAAUGAAAUCUGUCAACACAUGACAGUUCCUAGUGCGACCCCAACAUUUACUUUCCGCUAAAACUUUCUCCAGUGGCUAAAACAUCAAAGGAGCCGUCUACCAGCCUAAAAGCUGGACUUUCUUGCGAAAGUUCRGUCGAAACAAAAKAAUUGCAACAGAAGUUGUCAACGCUUGUCACCGUGAAGUAAAACAGAUUGCAGUAGUAAUAAAAGUUYGCGGGAAUCAAGUGGUAUUUGCCCUUUAGUCGCCACRCUGUAACAUGGACGAUCAUGGAUUUCAGUACUCACAGUUUUCUCCAUUCUACAACACCUAUCAUCCGUACCAAGUGCAACAACAGCCAYCUACUAGUAACUUUCACUACUCAAUGCCUCUUGGUGCCAACAGUGCUAAUUUUUAUCCUAACGUGGCUUCUCCAGCACCAUCUACUYCAAGUCAACAAUCAGAGGAAGCUGCAUCCGAGAGUAAUUCGCCACAGAACGAUUCAAGCGAAAAGCGUACUUAUGAGAAGUGGACAGACGACGAACAAAAACUCCUAGUUAAUUUGUGGGCCGAGAAUUUCGAACGCAUCGAAAGUAAAGAGUCUCGAAAAGUUUGGGACGAGAUAGCUGAUAAGGUCAACAAGGCAUUUCAAGGGAAGCGGCCAAAGCGAACCACUAAAAAGUUUAAGGAGAAAAUCAAGUAUUUACUCGAUCGAUACAAAAAGGCCAARGAUUGGAACAAAAAACAAAGUGGAGGACAUAAAAGGAAAUCUAUCUUCUACGAUGAGAUAGACAGAGUCAUGGGGUGCCGCGAAAUAGUCGAAUUGGAACACGUGGCAGAAGCCGGCACAAGCGCAUCGUCCACGAAUACAAGUACAGGCGAAUCAAGCGUAGAAACUAACGACGAGGAAGCCGAAGCUGCGUCGAACAAACAAGAAAAGCGAACUGAGAGAAAGAAAAAGAGAAAGAGGGUGGUCGGAGAAGAGGCAGAAGAGGAGGAACGAAAGCUUUUUAAAACAGCGGUGGAAGGCCUUCAAGCGCAAAGGGAAGAUAUGAACAAUUUCAUUAAUAAUUUUAAUGAUAUCCAAACACAGCAACUAAAGACAAUGAAUACACUAGUUGGCUCACUCGCUAAGUUUUUAGAAAAGCAGUGAUCAUUGCAUAUAUAAAUAAUUGUCUUUUUAUUGUUAAUGUUCAGCUUUCGAGACUCAGUUUUCUCGACUGCUCAUGAAUGAUUAUUGACUCACAAUUGAUAAUGGAAUAUGAUAGAUUAUAUUUAGGUAUACAUAUAAAUUGAUAUAUUGAUCUGUAUGAAUCAUUUUACAAUUAAAUUCAUUUUAAAACAACAGUUGUAGUUCUAAGGACCCUAAGCAACAUAAUCCUUGAGUUUUUCUCUAAUGUCGU